CGCCUCUCCCAUUCGCUAACGAUGCCCGACAAGCGGCCCGGCGACGCACUCCUCAACCCGGCGGCCUUCCCCGAGCCGAAGGUGCGGCCCAACAACCCGAACUUUGGGUCGGGCCCGUGCGCCAAGCGGCCCGGCUGGACCGGCGACGCCAUCUCCGACGCGGCGCUCGGCCGCUCGCACCGCUCGUCGCUCGGCAAGGCGAAGCUGGCGGAGGCGAUCGACGAGACGCACGCGCUGCUCGGCCUCCCCAAGGACUACCUCGUCGGCAUCGUCCCCGCCUCCGACACAGGCGCCGUCGAGAUGGUGAUGUGGUCGAUGCUCGGCGAGCGGCCGGUCGACAUUUGCCACUGGGAGUCCUUCGGCACGACCUGGUACAGCGACGCCGUCAAGGAGCUCAAGCUCGAGAAGGUCACAAACAUCAAGGCGGAGUUUGGGGUGCUGCCGGACCUUUCCAAGACCGACGCCUCGCACGACAUCCUCUUCACCAUGAACGGGACCACCUCGGGCGUGCGCGUUCCGAGCCUCGACUGGAUCCCGGCAGACCGCACGGGCCUCACCAUCUGCGACGCCACCUCCGCCAUCUUCGGCUUCGACAUGCUCCCGUGGGAGAAGCUCGACGUGGUGACGUACUCGUGGCAAAAGGUGCUCGGAGGCGAGGGGGCGCACGGCAUGCUCAUCCUCGGGCCUCGCGCCGUCGCGCGGCUCGAGUCGUACAAGCCGCCGCGCCCGCUGCCCAAGAUCUUCCGGCUGUGCAAGGGCGACGGCACGCUCAACGGUGGCAUCUUCAAGGGCGAGACGAUCAACACGCCGUCGAUGAUGUGCGUCGAGGACUACCUGGACGCGCUCCGAUGGGCAAAGUCGAUCGGCGGCCUCCCCGCCCUCCUCGCCAAGUCUGCGGCGAACUUCAAGGUCCUCGCCGACUUCGAGGCCAAGACGGGCUGGCUCGAGUUCCUCUGCGCCGUGCCGGAGCACCGCUCGAACACCUCCGUCUGCUUCAAGAUGAAGGCGCCGAGCGGAGAGCCGAUGGGCAGUGACGCCGUCGCAAAGUUCCGAAAGCUGCUCGAGCAAAAGGGCGUCUGCUUCGACAUCGGCGCCUACCGCGACGCGCCGCCCGGGCUGCGCAUCUGGUGCGGCGCGACGGUUGAGGCGUCGGACUUGCAGGCGCUCACCGGCUGGAUGGAGUGGGCCUACGCGCAGGUGGCGGCCGCAUGAGGCGGCGCGAGAGGCGGCGAGGGCGGUGUGGCUCGGGGUCCGUCCACACAACGCCUUGUGUACCGGCCCGCGCCGGCGCUUGUGCAAGUACUUGUGCCGGCGCGCGUGGGCGGACUUCGGGCUUCGGAGCGGACGGACAGUAAGGUAUUCGGAAUAUCGGGAGAGCACAUGCCGAAGUGGGAGACCGGUAAGGAGACGACUGACGUGUACACAUGAGAGUACGUGGCGAGUGCCGUACGACGUACCUUACACAAAGAAAAAAAUGGC